ACAGUCAUCAUCAUUACUAUCAUUAUCAUCAUAGAACGCUCACUUCGGAACGUUGACAAAGUUGACCUGGAACACACCUCAGGCGCGUUUCGUGUCUAGCUUAACGGCAAGAAGAUAAAGGUGGUAUGCUGCAGCCGAACAGCCAGGUCAACGAUACAUCCACCGAGACAUCGACGGUGCAUAGCAGGCACCCGUGCUUCCUCACCGUGUUCUACAUAACAGCCAUCAUAUCUGUCCUGGCACUCCUGUACUGGAUUCAGAUGCGCUCCCUCCAACGGCCGCCGACGUCAAACGCUACGUGCAGUAGCCGUGACUGCAACUAUUACGCUAGCUUGCUCAUCGAAAGCAUAGACAACUCCAUCGACCCCUGCGACGACUUCUACGGCUACGUCUGUAAGCGGUGGAGGAGGACGUCAGUGUCGCAGAGCACAUCCGUUCUAGACUCCUUGAGAUCCCGCGCAAUGAAAGCCCUCCUGAACCGUGCCUUUAAAGAAAACACUUCAACGGUCGGACAAUCUGCCGCUCAGAAGGCUAUGACGUUGCUGCGCACGUGUGUUAGUGUGUGGCGUGAUGGCGUCAACGCGGUCCCACCCGUCAAGGAAUUCUUGGCGGACAUCGGCCUCCCGUGGCCCGGUUCCGCGGGUAAAAGCUUUAUCGACAUCUUCGUCGAGGUCUCGCUGAAUUGGGAUCUACCCUCGUGGAUUUCGUUGCGACUGAACAAUUUCAUACGCGACACGAAAGGAAGGCCGAGGAUCGAGUUUGGCGAGUGCCCCUACGUCGACGAGUGGGUUGAACGAAGAACCAGGAUGCAGCAAGCUAAGCAGUACGAAGAGUUCGUAGAACGCCAUGCCGCUGCAUUCGGUGUGAGUGACGGAAUGUCUGUGCGACAUGUCGUUGGGAUGGUAUUUGAAGUUGAACGACUGAUCCUCGAUAGAAUCGUCACCCUGAACAGUCAUAUGCCUUCCGUCGCGAAGUUUAAUUUCUCAGAUUUAAGAGGCGGAGAAGCACUGCUUAGUGCACUGCAUGCUCGUGUUCCCUGGAUUCGAGCUCAAUACCACCAGAACGAUACGGUCUCCGUAUUCAACAGAAAUCUUGUCGAUACCGUGCUCGGUGUGUUCCUGAACGAUAGCAGUGACGAACAGUACACCCAUCUGAUCUCCGUUGGCUUGGGCUGGAUGCUAGUGGAAGUACUAAGCAAGUUUGCGUCCAGUGAUCUGGCGUCUCUGCAGCACUUAGGGCGUGGCGGCGAAGGCUACGACUAUGAGACAGAGUGCUUCAAUGAAGUGGCCUACAGAAUGGGCAUGGCCCUUUCAAUGCUCACCGUCUGCAAACAGAAACCGAGGCACACAAUGAAAGGGAUUGCCCGCAUCACAGAUCGCAUCGUAUCCGCCUUGAACGGUACUGUGAUGAGAAGCAACACUCUGGAUCAAUCAUCGAAACAGACUGCAGCUCUCAUAUUCAACAACGUGUACAAGACACUAUUCUUCGCUUCGCGCUUUCAAAGUGAAGAUGAAGUAAACGAAAUGUUCAGCACCGUUCCUGACAUGAUCCACACGCAUUUCAUAGGCAACUGGGUGGAUGCCAGGAAGGCGCUGCGGCUGAUAUCGUUUGCCACAUCCCCCGUGAUCCCAGCCUUUCCUGGCAUUCUCUUCGAACCCGAGUGCGAUCCUGACGGCUUCACUUACUUCCCGUUGUAUUCAAGACAGCUGGUACCGGCUGUAAAUUACGGCGGUAUUGGUUAUGAGAUAGCGAAGGCGAUAGCUCAGACUGUAAACUGGGAGCACACGCAAUGGCUAAACCAAGUCCCUUUUCGCGAUUAUACGAGUCGCUUAAGAUGUCUCGACGAACGGGCCACCAAGAACCAAGCGAGGACUGGAUCGCCACAUCACCAGUUGUCAGUAUGGGAGUUAAUGACGUCAACUUGGACCUUAGAGUCAGUUUUUGAAGCCUUCAAAGACGACGUGACUGACAUACCUUCACGUUUGGCUGCAGCUCCAGAGUUUUCGGAAGGGCAACUGUUUUUCCUAAGUAUCUGUUACAACUUGUGCUCGGUUGAGGACGCCCAAGCGGCUGCACUACUCUGCAACGCACCUCUGCAGAACAUGCCAGAGUUCGCAGUAGCUUUCCAGUGCCGGCAUAACUCUUAUAUGAACCCUUCAAGUAGGUGUCACUCGUGGUGACAUUGCAAUUUUGAUUUAAACUUCAUAGUAGAUUACAAACAAUGCUGCAUCCAAAUGGCACGAGCCGAUCUCGUAAGCGCAACUGAUAGUGAAUAAAAUGUAUUUGAAUAUACCAGUA